AGCGCAGGUUAAGCAAUGAAGUUUUCUAACCUAAGUAAACCUGAAGGUCUGGAGAAUCUAGACAAUUAUUUAUUGUUAAACAGUUUUAUAUGCGGGGUUGAACCAACCCAAGCGGAUUUAAAAGUUUUCUCUAGUCUGAAACCUGGACUUAUCCGUCCUUACUCAAAUAUAUCUCGUUGGUUCAAUAAUAUCUCAAGUUUCUCGGACGCGGUGAAACAUUUCCCUGCGAGUGAUAUAAUAGUUGAGGUUGAGGUUGAAGAUCAAAGCGAAAAGAAAGAGCUUAAAGCGAUGAAGAAGGAGAAGGUCAAGAAGGAGAAGGCGGCCGCCGCCGGACCUGGUAAGGUUUCUCUGCUCAACCCUCCGCCAGACUUUAUCGCUGAGAGAGAGAAGAUGUGGGACAGGUUGAAGGCGGAGAGAGAGGUUUGGCUGGCGGAGCAAACUCCGGCUCCUAUCAGUGUGACCCUGCCUGAUGGUAAACAAGUUGCUGGUGAAUCCUGGCGUACAACUCCCUACGACGUAGCUCUUGGUAUCAGUAAAGGUUUAGCAGACAACACCGUGGUGGCCAGGGUUGACGGAGAGCUCUGGGACCUGGACAGGCCCCUGGAGAAGGAUGUGAAGCUGGAGUUGGUCAAGUUCGACGAUGAGGAGGGACAAGCUGUCUUCUGGCACAGUUCUGCUCAUGUCCUUGGAGAAGCAAUGGAACGUGUUUACGGAGGACACCUCUGCUACGGACCUCCGAUAGAUCAAGGAUUCUACUACGACAUGUGGAGCGAGGAGCAUAAAGUAUCCGACACCGACUUCAAGGUCCUGGACGACGUGGUGAAGACAAUCGUGAAGGAGAAGCAACCCUUUGAGAGGUUGGAGAUGAAGAAGUCAGAUCUUCUGGAGAUGUUUAAAUACAACGAGUUUAAGGUUCGAAUUUUAAACGAGAAAGUUAAGACUGAUACAACCACCGUCUACAGGUGUGGACCUCUGAUAGAUUUGUGUCGAGGACCUCAUGUUAGAAACACAGGGAAAAUCAAGGCUAUGGCAAUCACCAAGAACUCUGCUACAUACUGGGAGGGAAACUCUGAAGCUGAGAGUUUACAAAGAAUUUACGGAAUAUCUUUCCCAGAAAACAAACAGCUCAAGGAGUGGAAAACUCUUCAGGAGGAAGCAGCGAAGCGUGAUCACAGAAAGCUUGGAAUUCAACAAGAUUUGUUCUUCUUCCACGAGCUCUCCCCCGGCUCAUGUUUCUUCCAGCCGAAGGGAGCUCACAUCUACAACAAGCUACUGGAGUUCAUCAAGGAGGAGUAUUGGAAGCGAGGGUUCCAGGAGGUCAUCUCCCCCAACAUGUACAACUCAAAGCUGUGGAAAACCUCUGGGCACUGGGACCACUAUGCGGAGAAUAUGUUCAGGUUUGACGUAGAGAAGGAAGCAUUUGGUCUGAAGCCUAUGAACUGCCCCGGACAUUGUUUGAUAUUUGAUCACCGUCCUCGGCCUUAUAAAGAGUUACCCCUCAGAAUGGCAGACUUCGGGGUGUUGCAUAGAAAUGAACUUUCCGGUGCGCUUACAGGUCUUACGCGCGUACGCAGAUUUCAGCAGGAUGACGCGCAUAUAUUCUGUCGGCCUGAUCAGAUAAAAGAGGAGAUGGCGGGGUGUCUUGACUUCUUGAAGCAUGUGUAUUCUAUAUUCGGGUUCACUUACCAGCUACGACUCUCCACCAGACCGGAGAAGUUUAUGGGUGAUAUUGAGAUCUGGGACGGAGCGGAGAAAGAUCUAGCUGACUCCCUGGAUUCUAUAAACCUACCCUGGAAAAAGAACCCCGGAGAUGGUGCGUUCUACGGUCCUAAGAUUGAUAUUACGCUGCAGGACGCGCUCAAACGUCAGCAUCAGUGCGCGACCAUACAGCUGGACUUCCAGCUGCCGAAGAGGUUCAACUUGAGCUUUAUCGAUGAGAAGGGAGAGAAGCAGCAUCCUGUGAUGAUCCACAGAGCUAUUCUGGGUAGUGUAGAGAGAAUGGUGGCAGUGCUGACUGAGAACUAUGGCGGGAAAUGGCCUUUCUGGAUUUCCCCUAGACAGGUCAUGGUUGUACCUGUAGGAAUCCCCUUUAACAACUACGCGCGUGAGGUAGCUGACCGUCUGCGCGCUCUAGGGUUUUGCGCAGAGGCAGAUACAGACGAUGGAAACACUAUGAAUAAAAAAGUCAGAAACGCACAGAUUGCUCAAUUCAAUUUCAUCUUUGUGGUUGGUGAGAAGGAGAUGACGAAUAGCACUGUGAACGUGAGGACCAGGGACAACAAGCAGCACGGAGAGUUCUCCAUCCAGGAGGUGGUUGACAAGUUCAACGUUCUGCGGGAGCAGCGGAUACUUAAGUCGGAGGAACAUGGUUGGGGACCUACUGGAGACCAGGCUGAAGAAAAAUCAAAGAGCGGAACCCCAGAAUCAGAAUAGUUCUCAGGAACCCUUAACGUUCCCGGUAAUCCUGACGUUCCUGGAUCACUUAACGAUCUAAGGAACCAUACAAAGAUCCCGGGAACACUUUAAAUUUCAUGGCACAAAUGAAAUUUCAAAAAUCCCUCCUUUGAUUUUAUCCUGUGAUCCUUCAUUUAGAAUUCCUUGAACUUUUUAGAGCUACAAUGAACCCCUUGAUCUCCAUGAAAUUCUAUAGAACUCCCUUGAUUCCUGAACUCCAUGGAACUCUCCUACACUCCUUGGAACUACCUUGAUCAGUUCAGAUCAACUAAGAGAACUCCUUUGAGAUCUACUGAACUUACUUUAACAAAUGGACUCAUCGCCAUUUAAUACUUUUACCAAAUCUUACAAAACUUUUUUUUUACUUUUGGUUAUUUUAGUCACAUUUCUUGUUGAUAGCACGGAAUCAAUUCUAUUAUGUUAUGUAAACAGUAUAUUCUUAAUCAUGUAGAUUGUAUGAUUGUAAUGUGUAAAGAUGAAAGAUAGAAAAAAUGUCGGAGUCGGAUGAUUAAUGAAUAUAUUACAGA